AUGGCAAAGGACGAAAAGAAGUUUCGGUUCGAUAAAGACGAACGUGUUCUUUGCUUUCAUGGACCUCUUAUAUAUGAAGCAAAGAUCAUUAAACGCGAAAAAAGAGAUGAUCCCGAAGAACCUGAAGGCUCUCAUUACUUGGUACAUUACAAAGGCUGGAAACAAACAUGGGAUGAAUGGGUUCCUGAAGAACGUGUCUUAAAGUACAGUGACGCCAACCUUCAGAAACAACAGCAACUAAAAGAAACUCAUCUAAAACGAAAACCAUCACGAGCCUCAGCAAGCACGUCAACAUCAAAUCAUUUAAAUGACACAACAGAGUCUCGGCGAAAACGGAAUCGAGAUUCGAGUAUGGAUAAAACGCGAACAGAAGAUGAUAUUAAGCGACCUGAAUUCAAACUACCUAUACCUGAAAUUCUCAAAGGACUACUUGUCGAUGAUUGGGAGAAUGUGACAAAGAAUAAACAGCUUGUUCAUCUUCCACGAGAACCUUCUGUAAAUCAGAUACUUGAGUAUUAUAGACAAGACGCAAGAGGAAGACGUAUAAUAGAUGAUGAGACUUUGAAUGAAUUCAUUCAGGGCAUCAGACUCUACUUCAGCAAGACCCUUGGAUCUUCUCUUCUCUAUCGACUUGAGAAAAAGCAGUAUGAAGAAGUACGCAAAUCCUACCCAGACAGGAACUUUUGUGACAUUUAUGGAGCAGAACAUCUUUUGCGAUUAUUUGUCGAGAUACCAUCCCUGGCAAGUCAAUCAAAUGUUGAUACUGAUACAUUAUCACAAUUAAGAAAUUCUUUUACAGAUCUGUUGAGAUUCCUACUGGAUCAUGAAAAAGAGUACUUUGCUGGAGACUACCAAUCAAAUGCAGAAUGUCGAGAAAGAUAG